AUGGCGGUUUGUUUAAAGCAUGUCCAGACAGUUAAUGAAAUUCCUGAAAAUGUUUGCUGGUUUGAGUCUAUAGACAAAAAAGUUAAACUAGACAGUUUUUUAUUUAUACUAGCAGAGGAAUUAGGAGAAUCAAAAGAAAUAGCAGAUGAAUUCGAAGAAGCUUCAGAUAGUUUUGUUUCACUUUGGUGA